UUCGCCGACGCUCCGCGUGUCGCCCCGCGCUUUCCUCCGUCUCGCGUUCUCGUAUUCUCUCGUCGUCCCGGAACACUCGCAUUCGCGAAUUGAGUGGGGCACUUCCAAAAUCUCGAGAUCCGAGAAUAGCUUGUGCUGUGUAAUGAAGCAAAACCCCGGAUCUGAAAUUUUUAGUGCUUCGCGUGUCUUGCCGUUUUUCCCACCUGAGAAUUUCAAAUUACUUUAAAAUCCCUUCAAAGUUCACGUUUGCAAAUUACCGUCCGGUGAAAUCGCACGGAUAAAACAAUUGAAGACCUCCGUUGUUACGGAUCGUGUUUUUCGAGGUCAAAGAGUCCAAGAGACCCGUUUUGUGUAUUGAAAUAAAUCCUUGGAUCUGAAAUUACAAGUGCUUCACGUGUCUUCCCGAUUGAUCUCACUUGAAUAUCCAUCGGAAUGAUCUCAUCGUUAAGUUCGCGUCUUUUGAAUAAUAAGCCGGUGAAAUGUUUUAAACCCACCGUCGACGGAUAUUGUUUCUCAGAUCUCCUAUUGAAUUAAAAUCGUUGAUCGGACGUUGUGCGUGCUAACGUGUCUUGCCGAAUCCCAUCAUCAUUUCCUAUUAGAAAUGUUAUAAUCAUUUGAAGUUAAUUCUAGCGAAGCUUUACGAAGCGUUUUUCUUUAAAUUAUUUUUUGUGGUUUUAAAACACUUUUUUGUUUGGCCGUCUCAAGUUCUUUCCUACUGAGCGUCGUUUCCUUUACCACACUGAAGCGUAGUUGUGGGUCCAAAGUCAGUGGAUGAUCAGUGAUCACUGAAGUCAGUGAAAAAUUUACUCAAUUCCCAAGAAUGGAGUCCUUUAAAAAGUGAACCGGCGUUUAUUAUUGUAGUUGUCCGCUAUCGUUAAUAUUACUCCUAAUAAUUUUCUACCUCUGUUUGUGUUUUAAAAAAAAGAUAUCGAGGAAUCGAGUGAAACGGGAGAACAGUUCGAUUUUACCUCAUGUGUGCUCGGUUUCAGUUUUCUAUUUAAUUUUUAAACCAUAUAUUCCCUCCUUUCUUUGUGUCAGAACUUACGCCCGAUAUUGUAGAGGGGCUCGAAAAUAAUUUAGCCGAGAGUGAAACGUUUCUGUUCAGUGAGAAAGUUCUGGAUUCCGUGUGAAGUUUCCUGUCCUGUCCGUAAGGAGUAAUUUCAUCUGUCUCUGGAUUACAAAAAAGGAUUACCACAAAAUUUAAGUUCCGCGGAGUGUGAGGACGAUCGGCAACGGCCCACUCCGACAUGCCUGUCACGUUCUUAUGUGAUUACGCCAAAAUCAAGCAUGAGCCCCCUCUUGACUCGACACCUUUCGAAUCGGAUUAAAGUGUCAGCCAGGAUUAAAAGCAGUCCAUGAGGGAACAAGCGCCAUUCAAAAGGCUGAGAAGGACCAGACGCGCGUCCUUUGGGCCGUGAGGGGGAAGGUGGCCCUCGACACGAAGAUAAUGCGCAUGCGCCCGCAAGCGGCCAACCAGGCACCGAGAGGGAGGAGGCGAACAAGUCCUAUCUGAUGGCCAAGUUACCGACGAAACACUAUCUCUACGAAACACGAAGAAAAACAACGAAUUCCAAGGCCAUGAGCUGAGAUCCGACGAGCGGAGCGAUAAUGUCGGCGACGUGGGUGACUCAACUGAGCCUGGUGCUGCUCCUGUGGCUGUGCGCGACGUCGGCGGUGGACGACUGGGCGGCCUGCCCGCACUUCUGCCGCUGCAAGUGGGUCUCCGGGAAGAAGUCGGCCGAGUGCCGCAAGUCGGAGUUGUCGGCGGUGCCGGACCGGCUGAGCUCGGAGAUCCAGUCAGUGGACCUCUCGGACAACCCGCUCAACGCCCUCCCGGCCAAGUCCUUCAGCCUGGUCGGCCUCGUCAACCUCCACAAGAUCUUCCUCAAGGACUGCCUCAUCCGCGACCUCGACCGCGAGGCCUUCAGCGGCCUCGAGAUCCUCUUCGAGCUCGACCUCUCCGGCAACCGCAUCCACACCAUCCACCCGGAGACCUUCCGCGAGAACCCCAAGCUCCGCCUCCUCUACAUGAGCAGGAACCCCAUCGAGACUCUCGAGGAUGGGCUUUUCACAAACCUGACCUACCUGCAGACGGUGGACAUGGCCGAGUGCCAGAUCUCCCGGAUCGGGCAGCGGACCUUCGAGCAAGUACCUAACCUCCAGUACCUGUACCUCCACAGCAACCGGCUGUCCCAGCUGCCGUUGUCCUCUGUGGAGUCGCUACACAAGCUGAAGAGCCUCGAGCUCCACAACAAUCCGUGGCGCUGCGACUGUCGGCUCAAGCAGUUCCGCGACUGGACCAUCUCGCGGAACCUCUACGUCCAGCCGACCUCCUGCGCCGAGCCGGACAACCUCAAGGACAAGUUCUGGGACCGGGUGGAUUCGGAAGAGUUCGCCUGCCGCCCGCAGGUCCUGUACCCAGGGAUCGGUAGCGUGGUGGAGGCAUCUUCCGAAGACGUGACGCUGAGCUGCAAGGUGGCCGGCGACCCUUCGCCCGAGGUCCUGUGGGUCUACAACGCCCGGGUCAUCGGGAACCUCUCGCGGGUGACGUACAACGAGCGGAAGUUCUCGAUCCGAGAGGGGGCCGACGGCGAGGGCGCCCGAUGGGUGAACCUGACGGUGCUCCGGGUCCGGCCCCAGGACCGCGGGGAGUUCACGUGCGUGGCGCGGAGCCCCGGCGGCGUGGACGAACGCAACAUCACGCUCGUGCUAGCCUCCGGCGGGGGCUUCCUCGGCCCGAACAAGUCCGUGACGGAGGCGCUGCCUCUCAUCCUGGCCAUCGUCUUCCUGGUGGCGAUCAUCGCGGUGCUCUCCGUGGUGCUCUUCUGCUGCUGCUGCGUCUGCCGGAAGAGGGCGCCCGGCGGGGCGGAGCGCGCCCAGAAGAAGGCGGCCAACAACGGGCUCUCGCCCAACGGGGACCUGGCCCACCAUAUCGGCGCCCACGCCGAGCAGGAGAAGAGCCUCCUCACUGUCGUCAACCCCGUCCAGAAGCCGCCCCGGCGACACGAUGUCACCCAGGUGCCCGCCAAUGGCACCCUCGAGCUCUCGGAGCUCAAGCAGAACCUCCUCGACGAUACCUCCAGCAAUUUUGGUGGUACCGGCACGACUGAAAUCGAAAGCCGAAAACUGGAUUCUGCGGAAGGCUCACUUCAAGAGUCUCAAGACAACAUCAAUGAAGGGGAAUACGUGCGGGCUUCGAAUAACAGAAUGUACCCUCCGGACCUUUUAGCUUUCCCCAAUUUAAGAGGUAGCCAAGCAUCACCAGCAGGUAGCACAAGUUCAACGAUACCUGAAAGUGCAAAACUUCACGGUUUUGUCUCGCCAAUCAACAGUCCGAUCUAUCACAUGCACCCACAUGGUGGUUUCGGAACAUUGCCGUACUCUAGAUCUCAGUCUCCGUUCAAUGCGUCAGUGUCAGGAACGCCCAUUGUUUAUCAAAGACAGGGUUAUGUCACUAUCCCCAGGAGACCUCAUGGCAGUUGGUCCUCUGCCACAACCCCUACAUUACCUGAGGAUUCAAUUUUAGGGAUGGCUAAAGCAGAACCUGUGUAUGACAACCUCGGAUGUCGAACGACAGCUAGUGGUAGGUCUAUUAAGAAUGGUGAAGUACCCAUGAAACAUCGUGCUUUACCAUCAAUCCCAGUUCACACCUCCCCAAGUAAACUGAACACUCUUCCUGCUAAUUAUAGUUCGUUGCAAGACUUAGACAUGCAACGGAGAUCAACAGCCUCUCCUGCAUUGAAAUUUAGCGAAGAUUACAACCCUGGUGCUAUCAAACCUCUUCCAAUAUCUCCUAAUGUCAAUGAUAGGUUUUCAACUUUACAAUCGAAACCUGACAAAAGGAGAGGGAGCUGGUCGAGGCCACCUUCAGAAUUAUCAGGGACGUUAAGUCACGCUGGCUCCAUCGAAAACAGUCUGUCUCCCACGAGACGGGUGAGCGCGCCAGCAAUCCCCUCAACUGGUACCUUAGGUCGUUCGAAAGUUCCUCCAAAACCUCCCCCAAAACCCAAGAAGAAAACAGGUCCUCUUUUUGAGGAUGAAGGUGAAGACGGAACAGAAGUCUGAGGUUUAAUUUUAUUAUUUUUUUUAAAUGACUUUUUUAUUGACUAUGUUUUAAUGAUGACAUUUUUGGAUUCAUUGAGUUUAGUUCAGGUAGAUUGUUUGUUGAAGAAAGCUGGUGCUAUUUUAAAUGCAUAAUAACUAUUCGAAAAGGGGGAAAAAACAAAUAGAACCAUCUAAGUACCCACACAUGGCUAUGCCAUGGUACUGGAAGUGUAAUUUCUUUUUUGAUUCAUCAUGCAAGAGUCGUAUUCAAACAAAGGAAAUGUCUCCAUUGCACUUAAUCCUCUGAUUUUGAAAUUAUCAUUAGGAUCAUAAAUAGUAAUUAGUCCUACCAUUUCUCUCUCCAUCCAUGGAAGGACAGUUUUCUUCAGGAAGAACUUAUGGGAACAUUCACUAUUAUUAUUUUUAUGACCUUUAGUGAACUUACUUCCUUCCCACUUCCAAAAUUUUAAAAAAAAUUUCUUAAACAAUUUCAAGUAAGCAAAUUCGUAGUCACCAGCUGAGAUAUUUUUUUAUGAAUAUGCGUUCUUAAGAUACAGACAGGAAUAAUUUUUAGUGGACGUACCUACUUAAUCUUGUUUACUUUUUCCCUCAAACAUGUGCUUAUAAAAUGAAGACUGUUAAUGGUUUUAAUGCUUUCCCUUGUUGUGCCCACUAUCUAGACUCAAGGUAGUUCUGUCGGUACUCUUUCAUUAUUUGCUACUCAUUCCAUCAAAUAUUUCAAGCGUAAUAGAGUUUCAUAUUAUCAGUGUCCUGUUAUUGACAGCAAGUUUACGAGUCUCUUUUGCAGACUGUAUUGGUGCUCUAAAUGCCUCAAAGAUCCAUUAAAAUUUUUAAUUUGUCAUUACACCAGUUUCUUCUUUGUGUUGUACUUUUGAGUAUCUCAAUCUUUUACACAAAGAAUGACCUGAGCAGGUAAAUUUGAAGAUACUCAUUGAAGAUCAGAUAUCCUGAACAAGUCGACUGCCAUAGUUUCUUGCUCAUACAUAUGUUUUCAGGCAUAUUCACCUCUAGGGAAAAAACUUAUUCGAAGAAAAAAGUAUUUCCUCCCAACUUCUGAAUUUUGGACAAGGUGCAUUUGCCCAAACGUGUUCAAUCGAAGCCAAUUUUUUCUCCAUUAUAGCUGAGGAGCUAUUGUAUUAGUGUUAACCUUCCAGGCAGUGAUCACUAUUUCAGUCUGCAUACUUUUACAGCCUGGGACAUGAACAGUUUUCUAAGCCGGUUUAAAAGAUGAAAAGCUGCCAAAAACCCAGGCUUGCAUGAUAACGAAAUAAGUCAAAAUAUUCAUGAUUGAAUGCGAAAAAUGUGUACCUAUCCCAAUUGCAGCAUUUAAAAAU